CGUGAACUUCCCCGGGGUUACUAUGCAAUUGCGACUGGUUUCUUGGCUCUUUAUCAUUGGGAACUUAAUGGAAUCCGUUGGCAGCCAGCAGGAGCAGCAGCAACAGCCCCCUUCCAGAGUCCGGCGGCAGGGAAGAAUGAAUCCCAACAUGAGCCAACCUUGUCCAGGAGGAUGCGCAACAUGUUCUGAAUACAAUGGAUGCCUGACAUGUAAACCCCGACUCUUUUUUUUCCUGGAAAGGAUUGGCAUGAGACAGAUAGGGGUGUGUCUUACUUCCUGUCCCAGUGGAUAUUAUGGGACACGAUUCCCUGAACCAACUGCAUGUACAAAAUGUAAAGCUGACUGUGAGGCCUGCUUUAACAGUAAUUUCUGCACAAAGUGUAAAAAUGGGUUUUAUUUACAUCUUGGAAAGUGCCUUGAAAACUGCCCAGAAUGGUUGGAACCCAACAAUUACACAAUGGAGUGCAAUGAUAUUGUGCAUUGUAAAACUAGUGAAUGGAGCCUGUGGAACCCUUGCACAAAGAAAGGGAAAACAUGCGGUUUCAAAAGAGGGAAUGAAACAAGGAUCAGAGAAGUCCUACAACUUCCUUCUACAAAGGGUAGCCCAUGCCCACAUACAAGUGAGACAAGAAAAUGUGUUGUACAAAGAAAGAGAUGCCAGAAAGGAGGAAAAGGUAGAGAAAGAAGAAAGAAGCCAAAGAGAGAUGAAAGCAAGGAAAUCAGACAGGAAAACAGAGGUCGAGAAUCCAGAAGGCAAAACAGAGAUCAACGGGAAAACAAAAGUAAAAUGCAGCUGAAGAAAAGAAGAACGCAGGAUAAACAGCAGAAACUGCACACAAUCACCAUCAGCACUGUACACUAAUUGCCUUACACCACUGUUCAGAACUUUUGCUGCUGCUAUCUCCACCAGAUCCCGGGGCCGGUGCUCCCCAUUUAA